CUUUCCGAAUCCAGAAGUUGUUUCUCAUGAGCCUUCGCAUGCGAAAAGAAUUACAUUUUAAACAUUAGCGUUGACCAGACUGUCAUUCUAGCGCAAGAGCGUAUUAUGCACCAAUCACUGAAGCAUAAGCUGGAUGCUCCAGAGGACGAGAAUUAUCGUCCACGGACGCGUAAAUCCAUAGGCAGGCCUUCGCCUAGUUCUUAUCACAAUGUAAAUGAUCCAAAGCAGUCGACGGCCACAGUGCUCCAUGAUCAACUGACGUCUACUGUGGAAUCUGAGCAUUUGUCCCUGCGGAACUUAGUGGCGCCCCCUACAGGCUCUAUAACAUCUCACUCGAAUUCGGCAACCUCACGCACCAACCAACGCAUAAUGAAUGCGAAGACAUCAUUUUCACGACCUGAGCGUAAAACAAUGGCUGUAUCUCAGGUCUCGAAACACUUCGUCUUCGAAGCAGCUAUCUCUGGAAAACCAACCCAAAGUACACAAAGAUUUAGCCAAUUUUCCAUCCGCCCAGCCAUAACAGACACUAUUCCUGUCUCUCGAGCAACAAGGCGACAAUUUGAUCCGUCAAAAAUCAAGAGGUCAUCAGAGUUUGCAAAAAACUUCAUCCUCCCAACCCCUAAUAACAACGCCACCGCCACAAAAAGCAAAAGGAAGGAUAAGUUCAACCCGCCGCUUGUGAGGUAUGAGCUGUAGACAAACCUUUUUUUCUUUUAUAUUGAAUUGUG